UCCUUAUGACCACACGACGGGAAUGGCUGGGUCUAUAGGAUACCACCCCUACGCUGCUCCCCUGGGUUCAUACCCCUACGGUGACCCGGCAUACCGAAAAAACGCGACCCGGGAUGCCACCGCCACUCUCAAAGCCUGGUUGAACGAGCACCGUAAGAACCCCUACCCCACCAAGGGCGAGAAAAUCAUGCUGGCCAUCAUCACCAAAAUGACCCUCACCCAAGUUUCCACCUGGUUCGCCAACGCCAGGAGGAGGCUAAAGAAGGAGAACAAGAUGACCUGGACUCCCCGAAACCGGAGCGAGGACGAGGAGGAAGACGAGAACAUCGAUCUGGAAAAGAAUGACGACGACGAGCCUAGCAAGCCGAAAGAGAAGGGAGUCUCGACAGACACAGAGUCAGAUCAUAAAUUGCUGAACCCGGGGGACAUAGUGUGCGACAGAUUUAAAGAGGAGAAUCAUGGCAAAGAAACGGAUCCCCUUCUGAGCGACUCGGAAUUAAAAGACCAAGGGGAUCGGACAGAGUUACUGCCCGAGUCUGCUAAACCCACCACCUCGUCUCCAUCCGCCAUGCCUCGGGGAGGAACGGAGCUCGUUGCGCAAGACAAGCCGUCAGAAAUGGGCCAUGCGCCGGGCACAGUAAACAGCAACGUGACGUCUGUCAUUCACUCCUCCCCAUCGGCCCCUAAACCCAAACUCUGGUCCCUGGCUGAGAUCGCAACGUCCUCAGACAAGUGUAAGAGCAGCAGCGACGGGCCGCAGGGCCAUGGGAUGGGUCACAGCACAGUGAUCACCACCAAUGCAGCGUCACCAUCACGGUCCUCCCCACAGUGCCCUCUCCCAAACAGCACAGUCCUAUCCAGGCCUAUCUACUACACGUCCCCUUUUUACCCGGGCUACACGAACUAUGGCAGCUUUGGACAUCUUCACAGUCACAACAAUCACGGCUCGGGCACGGGCUCCACGGCACAUUUCAAUGGAUUAAACCAGACUGUGUUAAAUAGAGCAGAAGCUUUGGUAAGAGAAAGCCAGAAAGGCAGAGGCCAAACGCAGGUAGAUCUUUGUAAAGACUCCCCUUAUGAACUAAAGAAAGGUAUGUCAAACAUUUAAUACCUUGAUCCCUUUCAAAAAUCCAUCGGACCUUUAUUUAUUAUUUGUGGUUGCAUUACAAAAAAUAAGAAAAAUAAUAAUAAUAAAGGAAAAUUCUGAGAACAGUUAUUUUCUGAGUAAAUGCUAAUCUUCAAAUCUUAGUUUCUGAAUGGUUAAUCCUAAAGAUGUAACAAGAAUGGUCUUCAUCGCUGCAGCCGCCUGAGUCUAUUUGUAUUAAAGACUAAUAUGUAUAUUUAAUGUAGCAUUUUUGUAUUUAAAAUGGACAAUACACUAUCUUUGAAGUAAAUUAUGA